AUGCCUCUCUUUGUGCUCUCCCCUGCAUCUCUUGUGCACUCUGCUGCCUUUGCUGGCUUUUACACCUACUUGUCGCUCAAUGUGGUGGCCGCCCGCAAGAAGUACGGCGAGACCAAGCCUGGAAUUCCCGAAAACAAUGAGACCGUCAAGAACAUUAUCCGUGUCCAGUCCAACUUUGCUGAGUACACGCCGUUCGUCUUCUCUCUCAUUUUCCUUGCCGAGCUUAACGGAGCGCCUACGAAGUUUGUCCACGCCGCGUACGCUUCGCUCUUUGUCUUCCGUGUCCUGCACAGUCUCGGCAUGGUGUGCACCAAGCUCAAGUUAGGCCGUGCCAUCGGCUUCGUUGGCACCGUCCUCCUCAUGGUUGGUACCGGCCUCUACAACUUCGGGCUUGGUUAUGAACCUCUGCUCUCCUUUUUGGGUGUGAACUAA